GUAACGAACAGACAAGCAAACAAACAAACAAACAAUCAAACAAAUAAACGAACAAACAUGUCGUCGUCGUUGUCGCUGAUGUCCGCAACGGUCCGGUCUAGGUGUUUGUGCGUCGUUGUCGCGUCGCUGAUAUUGCUGCAGACAACGUGCUUGCAGGUCGCGGGUGCAGCCGUCGUCAGGUUGGCCGUGGUCAAGGCGGCGUCUCAGUGCUCGACCUCCCCAGACACCGUCGAUUGUCUGAUGCACGCCGCGGCCGCCGGCGUCGACGCCCUGGCCCGGUCCGCAGAUCCCAUCGACCUGGUUCCCGGUUGCGUGACGCUUGUCAAAAACGCGGCCGCCGAAUCGGACCCGCCGCCACAGCCACAGCCAUCGCCAUCACCGCCGCCGCCGCAGACGUCCGCUGACAUCGACGCCGCUUCAGAACCAGGCGGCGGUGAGUCGGCGCUCGUCGACUCGUUGACGGCGUUCGUAAGGUCCCGUGCAAUCAGCGUACGGGCGCCCACCCACCUGUUGGAAUCGCUAAAAAGCACUCUCAUCGAAGCGCGAGGCAAGAAAGACAAGUACGCGGGACCGUUGCUUAUGGGCGCUAUGAUGGUGGCCGGCACGCUGUUGCCGAUCAAGCUGGGCGCGCUGGCCAUGAUGAGCGGUAAGGCGCUGAUGACCAGCAUGCUGGCGCUCAUGCUGUCCGCCAUCCUGGCGCUGAAGAAACUGGCGUCGGGCAGCGGCAGCCACAGCGGUACAACUUACGAAGUGAUCAACGUGCCGUCUGCGGGCGGUCACGGCCCACACGGCCGUUCGCUGAGGGCCCACGCCAUGGCAUACGGCCCUCCACCUCCAGUGGAAACCCCCCCGACGCCCACUCCAUCGACCGACGGAGUUAAUAAUAAUUUUUAGAGCCAUUAUAUAAAUGUAAAUUUUUUCGCACUUAUCACGGUAUGCCUAACAUAUUUAUUAUUUAAUGCAUUAUUUAUAAUAUAUUUAUUGUUAAAUUAUGUAAGCGCUAA